AUGGCACUCUUAACCCAAAUACUCGUACCAGCACAUUCACGGAGCUGUUGUCUCAAGUACACCAAGAAGCAUUUGCCAUGUAAACGGUUGCUCGCCUUCAGUCUCCAGUCCAUGAAUCGGAACUGUGACAUCAACGCUGUAAUAUUUCACCAAACAAACGGCCGCUUAGUGUGCGCCGACCCGCUGUCCGCAAAUACCCAGAGAGGCAUGAAGUGUGUCAAUCAGAGACGACAGCAAGAAGAAAAGGUCAUGAUGCAAUAA